AUGCUAUCUCAACUCUUCUUCUCAUUCCUGCUCCUACAAGCAAUUCAAGCGAAAACUAAAGAUGAUAUCGCCCCUAUCGUCCUCUCACGAACAGGUGGAUUUGAAAUCGGGGGAAAGGUCCUCGUGAAUCCAGCGAAUCCGAAUCAGACACUGUCUUGCGAUCAUGAUAUUUCCUCCCCCUCACCCCCCCCCCGCCGCACCUCCCUCCUCAUGUGGCACUCCUCCUCCACCCAAGUCUUCCAGAACCGCUGGGACGGCGGCCCCGGCUACAAAGACCUGUUCCUGUCGCGCAACUACCCCGUCUACCUCUGGGACGGGCCGCGCGUCGGACGCGCGAACUGGGCGCGUGUCCCGCUCUCGUAUACGCCGGCGUACCGCGACCAGGGGAACUUUGUUGCGUGGAAUUUUGGGCCGAGGCUACGAGCGCGAGGGUAUGAUGAGUUUGAUACGGAUGAGAAUGUGUGGUUGCAUGGGGAUGUUAUGGCUGUUGCGGCUGAUAGCGGGAAGUUGGGGACCGAUCUUGAGUAUUUGACGAAUUCCGCCGGGGGGUUGAGAGCGCAGCUUGCGACUACUCGGGCGAACGGGACGAAUAUUAAGGGGAUUGUCACCUACGAAAGCAUCGGCUACGUCUUUCCUGACAAUAUCGGCCUCAAGCCCAACACGGUCCCGGGCUUCGGCCCGUUCGUGGUCCCAGUCGAAGAGUUUAAGAAAUUAGCGAAUGUGACGGCGAUCCAGUUCGUGCGGGGCGACCAUCGAGAUGAGACGUUUGAGUAUGUGAAGCAGAGUAGGCAAGUAGCGGCACUGAUUAAUCAAUAUGGGGGUAAUGCGGAGGUGGUUAUGUUGGGGAAGGAUAAGGGACUAAAGGGAAGUACGCAUAUUGCGUUUGCGGUGGCGGGGGUGUUGGAUGAGUUUUUGGAGAGGAAUGGGUUGGAUGGGUAUACCGAUGAGGAUGAGGAGUGA